GCCGUUCAACGGUGCCUAUGGUGGCAUUGGAAAGAACCCUACAAUACAUAUCUACGCUUCAGAAUUCAUUUCAUUUAUACUCUUCCACCCUUCUACCCUUCUAUUUGCGUUGUUGACCAUAAACACGACUCGGGGCAGAUGCCCCGAACUGCCUAUUUGAGACUAGAUCAUUGUCUAAAUCACGUGAGUAGAGCCUCCAGGUUGAUCUUAAGCUAUAUAUAUAUAUUAUAUAUCCCUCGCCGCAUCGAACCCGCGCUUGACAGACAUCUCUCUGCCAGCAACAGCCAUACCGCCCGUCAUGACUCCGUCUGCUACAAAUGGAGCCGCUACGACGCCGCCAGGCUUACCCGAGGAAGUGAGCAAACCUCCCGAGGGCAUUGUUCUGCCGCCUAAAGAUAUUAGAACUAUUAUUGAGAAGACUGCCGGAUUCGUGGCGCGUAACGGUCCUGUUUUUGAAGACCGAGUCCGCGAAAAAGAAAGAUCUAAUCCGAAAUUCUCCUUUUUAAAUCCGAGCGAUGCAUAUGCCGCAUUUUACUCAUGGCGCCUCAGCGAAAUCAAGGCUGGUAGGGGGACUGCGGUUUCUGCUGGCCGAGCUGGGGAACCGGUGGCAGCAACAGAGCCCGAGAAACCAAAAGGCCCUGCUCAGCCCCCAGAAUUUCAUUACUCUGCGCGUAUGCCGAAUAUCAAUGCUCUGGAUCUAGAAGUAGUCAAACUGACUGCCCUGUUUGUCGCCAAGCGAGGGAAAUCGUUCAUGACCGCCCUGUCCCAGCGCGAAACGAGAAACUUCCAGUUUGACUUCCUUCGGCCGCAGCACAGCCUCUACCAGUUUUUCACUCGGCUUGUCGACCAAUACACAUCCCUUCUUCAAGUAGACGAAUCCGAUGGCCCCAAUUCAACGUCGAGUCGAAUAGUGGAGCUAGAGAAAAAUGUGAAGGACAAGUAUCACAUCCUAGAUCGUGCAAAACAGCGUUCAGAGUGGGUCAAAUUCCAGGAACAACAGAAGCAAAAGAAGGAGGAGCAAGAUGAACAAGAACGUAUCGCAUACGCACAGAUUGAUUGGCAUGAUUUCGUGGUAGUGGAAACGGUUCUGUUCACGGAAGCGGACGACCAGGCCGAGCUCCCACCCCCUACAUCAUUAAACGAUCUCCAGACCGCCUCUCUAGAACAAAAGGCAAUGAUGUCUCUACAACCUCACGACAGACGUAUCGAAGAAGCCAUGCCCACUGACGAAGAAACAACCUACUACAAUGCCUAUCCACCCCCGCAAGGCGUCUCCUCCCCAACCCUACAGCCCGCCAUGCCUGCCCCUACCUCAGACUUCCAAGCGCAACAGCCAUCCCCAUUCACCCCGCAAUCCCCCACACCUAUCUCGACCCCAACAACUCCAAUGACCGCACCUGUAGUCUCUGAAGAAGAAGACCGCAUCCGUGAACGUCAACAAGAGCGCCAACGGGCACAGGCAGCGCAGGCCGCCGCACGCGCCGUACCCACUCCACCACCAGGCUCCACCCAACCUAUGCGUAUUCGUUCCGACUACGUGCCUCGCGCCCAAGCCAAACGCCUCAACACUACUGCCACCCCAACAACGCUCUGCCCCAACUGCAGGCAGCAAAUCCCCGUCAACGAAAUCGACCAUCACAUGCGCAUUGAGCUACAGGACCCUCGUUGGAAGGAGCAACGCGCAAAGGCGGAAGCCCGCUACGCAACUACAAAUCUCUCCACUGCGGACGUUUUCAAUAACCUCAAGCGCCUGGCUAGUCAGCGAACGGACGUGUUCGAUCCUUCCCUUAGCGCAGUUGAGAGUCCAGGAGUCACCACUGAUGGCGCCCAGGAGGGUGAUGGUAGCGGCUCGCUCGAUCCAGAGGAGGAAGGGAGACGUAAGCGCGCUGCGACGGGUAUGGGGAUUGGUGGGAUGCCACUGGGUAUGCCUGGUUAUGAGCUCGCUCCGGGUCAAAGUCACCCACCGGACCGACCUGGGCAACCCCAGGGCCCGCAUAUCCCUGGUCAUCCACCGCCUGGCGGCCCGCCGCCGCCCGGGCAGAGUGUUAAUAUCGAGGAGCAGAUCAGACAUAUUCAUCAGAAGUUUAAGCAGUGAACUAUCUAACAGAUUAUGGGAAAAUGAGGAGAAUGGAUGCAAAAUAAUUUUUGGGGGGGAGGGUGUUCUUUUUCACAUGGUUAGCUGUGUUUGUUCUAUUAUAUUCUACCCUGCGUUUCUGGGCUGGAGUUUCUUUUUUUUUUCUUUUUUUUUUCUUUUUUUCUUUUUUUCAUUUUUAAUUUUAUUGCAUCAUUGUAUUAUUCCAUCUACUAUAUGCUAGGGGAGGUAAACUACUAGGUAUAAUUAGGGAAUUACCUCCACCGUUUAUGAAGGGAUUGGAUACAUCCACCUCCAAAUAAAACUGUACAACUUAGCUUCGUCCUUAUCCUUAUAUCUUCUACAACACAAGGGCCACUGCGGGAGAGAAAAAUAGAUUCUCAAGCUACCGACUAAGAGAAGAGGCCAAGGCAAAAAUAAACGUGAUGAUCAAAUAUUCUCUUAUGAAAUAUAGCGGUUCCUGUCCUACUUCAUGCAUCCCUACCACACAGUAUCAAUCCAUCA